AUGUAUCCCUUCAACUUCCACACCAAAAGAACAAGUUUUUCAAAAUCUGGAAAACUGAUAAGCAUAAAAAGAAAUAGAUUGCGAGAUAGUUCAUUUGAAGGGUUGAAGUUUCCAGAGGAGUUCAUCAUGGAAGAUGUCAGGCCACGUUGGAGCCCAAGGCAUUACGUAGGUGGUGGGGUGGGUGCCGAAAGGCCAAUGAAUUGGGCUCUUGAGUUUUGUAAUUUUAGUCUACUACCCGCACGGCUUCCGGACGGCAAAUGGUUUACUAUCCGCAAGGCAGUAGUCUACUAUCCGCACAGCAAUGGUUUACUAUCCGGUGCCCUGGCUGUCGGUGAACCUCUGUGCAAGGAGGAAGAAUGA